GUUAAGAUACAAUUUUUUUUUGUUUAAAAUAGGUGGACAAUUUUAUUUUAGUAAGUACAUCCAAUAAAUACGACAUGAGCGAUGAUUAUAAAAUGUUCUUCGGGCAUGUUUCCUAAUUGUAUUGAAAAAAAUUUGAACACUGAUAAGAUAUUCGAUAAGAUAAUCUGUGUUUCAAAUUAAAUCAUUUAUUUUAAUUGUAUUAUUUUUGUAAUGGUUAAUUAAUUAGAAUUCUUAAUUAUUAAAGUACUAAACAAAUAAAGAUUUUUUUUUAAGAAACCUGUAAAAUUGUGAUAAAGACAGUUGUAAUAUAUAAAUAUAUAUAAAUACUGUACUACCCCUAAAGGUUUUUACAACCUAUGGAUGACUGAAUCUUAUAUUAUAAUUUAUUAUAAGUAUUUUUUGGAAAAAUAUGCGAAUGAAAUCUGAAAUUGUGUUCUGUCAAUUAUUAAAUAAGUUACUAUUUAAUAAGCCUAUCAUACUUCGGCAUUAUGCAUCGUCAAUUGAAGGAAAAAUGAUGAACAAAGUGAUGGGUCUACGUAAAAAGACAAAAAAAAAUUGGUACCAGUCUAGUGUUGGAGCAAAUAAGUCUUUUGAAGAAAUUAUUAAGCAAACUACCAAGAAUGAAUCUGGUCAUAGCAAAAAUAAACGUGUUAAUGUAUUGAAUAAUAUUUUAAUGCAAUAUAUCACUGACUUAAUGACUACUGGUGAAAUAUUUGAUAAGAUAGUUGGAUAUGGUCUAGAAAUUACCAGGGUAAGUAUUUCAAGUGAUUACAAAUCAGUUAAAGUGUAUUGGUUAUCAAGAUCAAUUAAUGAUAUACCUGAAUUAGAAAUUUUAUUACAUAGUAUUAGUGGACUACUAAGACAUGAAUUAUCAAAUUUACGAAUUAUGGGAGAAGUACCUAUAAUUCGAUUUUUCAGAGAUAAAACAUUUGACAAUGUUGAAGCUGUUAAUGAAUUAUUAAAAAAAGCAGAUUUUGGAGAAGAUUUUGUUCCUACAUGUCCUACAUUAAUGGAUAAUUAUCAAACCAUUUUUACUAACUUUGAACCAGAAAUAAAAUGCAAAAUUAAAGAAUUAGAAGAUCAAGAGAUAAUAAAAGAGGAAGAAGAAAAAGAAAUACCUCCAAUGAAAAUGGAUGUAAUGGGGUUAGAUCAUGCAGCGAUCACUUUAAAAAUAUCUUUAGCUCUUCAAAAAUCAAAAGCAGUCCACCGUCAAUUUAAUAUUACUCAAAAUAUUGUAAAAAAUAGCAAUACAAAUAAUCAGAACAGUCAAAUAGAGUAUGUAUCAUUUUCAGAUUUUGUAAAAAAAAGAAAAAUACAGCAAGCAAAAGCAUACAUUGCAAGGAAUAAUUAUAAUGAAGAAAUUUUUAAUGAUAGUAUUGAUGAAGAUAUAACAUUUAAUGAUUCUAUAGAAGAAAAUUGUGAUGACGAAUAUCCAUUUAAAAUUUAAAAAUAUUUUUUGUAGUUAUGUAACAUAAUAUUUAUUAAGUUUAUAGUAGUACAUUUUUUAAAAUAAAAAUUCAGUUUUAUGAACAAAUGAACAAUGGGUUAA